CAGCAAAAAUUGGAGGUGAUGCUGGGACAUCACUGAAUUCAAAUGACUAUGGUUAUGGGGGACAAAAAAGGCCUUUAGAAGACGGAGAUGGCUCUUGGACAAGUCCGAGCAGUACAACACACUGGGAGGGAAUGCCCUCUCCUUUUAAAGAUCAACCAGAUGCUAAGAAAGUUGCUCCUCAGAAUGACUCUUUUGGAACACAGUUACCACCAAUGCAUCAACAGCAAAGCAGGUCUGUAAUGACAGAAGAAUACAAAGUUCCAGAUGGAAUGGUUGGAUUUAUAAUUGGCAGAGGAGGGGAACAAAUCUCACGCAUACAACAGGAAUCUGGAUGCAAAAUACAGAUAGCUCCUGACAGUGGUGGUCUUCCAGAAAGGUCCUGUAUGUUAACUGGAACACCUGAAUCUGUCCAAUCAGCAAAACGGUUACUGGACCAGAUUGUUGAAAAAGGAAGACCAGCUCCUGGCUUCCAUCAUGGUGAUGGACCAGGAAAUGCUGUUCAAGAAAUUAUGAUUCCAGCUAGCAAGGCGGGAUUGGUUAUUGGAAAGGGGGGAGAAACUAUUAAACAACUCCAGGAGCGGGCUGGAGUGAAAAUGGUUAUGAUUCAAGAUGGGCCUCAGAACACUGGUGCUGACAAACCUCUUAGGAUUACAGGAGAUCCAUAUAAAGUUCAACAAGCCAAGGAAAUGGUGUUAGAGUUAAUUCGUGAUCAAGGUGGUUUCAGAGAAGUUCGAAAUGAGUAUGGGUCAAGAAUAGGAGGAAAUGAAGGGAUAGAUGUCCCCAUUCCAAGAUUUGCUGUUGGUAUUGUAAUAGGAAGAAACGGAGAGAUGAUCAAAAAGAUACAAAAUGAUGCUGGGGUUCGAAUUCAGUUUAAGCCAGAUGAUGGGACAACACCUGACAGGAUAGCACAGGUCACGGGCCCUCCUGACCGAUGUCAGCAUGCUGCAGAAAUCAUUACAGACCUGCUGCGAAGUGUUCAGGCUGGUAACCCAGGUGGACCUGGUCCUGGUGGUCGAGGAAGAGGUAGAGGUCAGGGCAACUGGAACAUGGGACCGCCUGGUGGACUGCAGGAAUUUAAUUUCAUUGUGCCAACUGGGAAAACUGGACUAAUAAUAGGAAAAGGAGGUGAAACCAUAAAAAGCAUAAGCCAACAGUCUGGCGCAAGGAUAGAACUUCAGAGGAAUCCUCCACCUAAUGCAGAUCCUAACAUGAAGCUGUUUACAGUCCGUGGCACUCCACAGCAGAUAGACUACGCACGACAGCUCAUCGAGGAAAAGAUUGGUGGCCCGGUAAAUCCUUUAGGGCCACCUGUACCCCAUGGGCCCCAUGGUGUCCCAGGCCCCCAUGGGCCUCCUGGGCCUCCAGGGCCUGGAACUCCAAUGGGACCAUACAACCCUGCACCUUAUAAUCCAGGACCACCCGGCCCAGCUCCUCAUGGUCCUCCAGCCCCAUAUGCUCCCCAGGGAUGGGGAAAUGCAUACCCACACUGGCAGCAGCAGGCUCCUCCUGAUCCAGCUAAGGCAGGAACGGAUCCAAAUUCGGCAGCUUGGGCUGCUUAUUAUGCUCACUAUUAUCAACAGCAAGCACAGCCACCCCCUGCAGCUCCUGCAGGUGCACCAACUACAACCCAAACUAAUGGACAAGGUGAUCAGCAGAAUCCAGCUCCAGCUGGGCAGGUUGAUUAUACCAAGGCUUGGGAAGAGUACUACAAGAAAAUGGGCCAAGCAGUUCCUGCUCCUGCGGGGGCCCCCCCCGGCGGCCAGCCGGACUACAGUGCGGCCUGGGCUGAGUACUACCGACAGCAGGCCGCCUACUACGCCCAGACGAGUCCUCAGGGGCUGCCACAGCACCCUCCUGCACCUCAGGGCCAAUAAUAAGAAGUGGACAAUACAGUAUUUGCUUCAUUGUGUGGGGGAAAAAAACCUUUGUUAAAUAUAUGGAUGCAGACGACUUGAUGAAGAUCUUAAUUUUGGUUUUGGUUUAAAAUAGUGUUUUUUUUUUUUUGAAAAUGUACAAAAUAUCUAUCACUACUGAUAGGAGGCUCAUAUUUCUGUGUAGAAAUGAAAAUUGGUUUGUUUUUAGUCCUUAGUGUAGAUGUACACAUUCCAGCAAAUGUAUUUGCAACUCUGAUGUGGUCGAUGCUUUGUGAUAUAAAUGUACUUUUUCAAUGUAUACUUUCACUUUUAAAAUGCCUGUUUUGUGCUUUGCAAUAAAUGAUAUGAAACCUCCUGUGUCGGUAAGUUGGAUAUGUGGGCGAAGGAUUCCCGAUUUCUUAGCAAUGGUAAAUUAAGGUACAUAUACACGAAAUACGUAAGCUUUCCCGUGAAGUGCUGAGUUUUUAAACACUGGCAUGUUUCUUCCCCCUUGCAGUAUAGUGGUAGAUUGGAGGAUCUUUUCCAUUUAUUGUAUCUGGCUGUUUCAGCACAAGUAAUCCUGAUGUCUUCAUUUUUUUCCUUCUGUUUGAUUAAAAACUGCAUGUGUGUACAGUGAUCUUUUGGCAUACUUCCAUUGCAUUAACAGUGAAAUUUCCUUUUAUACAUGACCACUGUUUCAGACCUCUACUGCUGCUAUAACAGUUAACCUUUCUGUUCUUAAUUUGAUAAUUACUUGAUUUCCAAGACUGUUUCAGCAUAACUAAUUUUAAACAGUUUUCAGACAGUGAAUAUGACUAGUCUAAUAAGAACAGUUUCUUUUCCAUGUGAAGCUACUCUUUCGAUGUAUAUCAUAUUAGUGUGUUUCUUCCUAAACUUAGGGUAGAAAAGUGAAUAGUAUGCAAAAAGUAGAGCUACAUUGCAUCUGCCAUUGAAACAUAAAUGGGGUAUGGAAACGUUCAAGCUUUUUUUUCUUUUUGCAGUAUAGAUAAGCUUUGUUUUGUAAAUGCACAAGUCCAGUCAUUGAAUCAACUUAAUUUUUUUAUGUAUUUGAAAUCAUUUUAUUACUCUAACACUCAUGCUGAAGUUCUGAUAUUUUGUUGAAAUCCAUUGUUUACUCUUUGCAUAUUUGUUGGCUCUUUGCAUAUUAAUAUAUUAGACUACAUGCAAAUACAGUCUGUCUUGCCAUUGUCUGUUGAAGUGCAGGUUUGAUCCAGCCAGUAUAGAACUAGCUCUGUAGGGGUGAGAAGGACUGUGCUGUGUAUCAUCCUUGAUUGUGUUCCUUCAAGGAGCAUUGCACUGUAAGUACAUCGGAAUGACAAAUCGAUGAACUGCAACAGUAUCUUUUUGUCAGUGUUCCACAUAAUGCAAAUGCCAUACUUUGUGUGAAUAUUAUGUUGGAAUACAGUGCUGAUAUCUUGGAAAAUCGUAACUGCUUCUUAACUUAUAGAAUAAUACGUAGUUCUGUAUUUUUUUAAGUGAGCUUAAUGGGUAAGUAUUUUUGACAUGCUUCAGCUGUAGCUAAAGAAAACUGAUCAUUUACAAAGCUGAAUAGUAUUCCUCUCUGGUGCUCCGAAAAUACCGUUUUCAGUGUGAAAUAUGCAUAUCUCAUAUAUUGAUACGAAGACUUGAAAUGUGUCAGACAGAAGGGGAUUUCAGUUUGCAAAUGAUGAGCAAUGUAGCAACUUGAACACCUUUUCAUAAAUAUAUUCUGUCAUUGACGGGGAGCACCCAUUGUUGCUUUGAAUAUACUUUGAAGGAAGAUGUGCAAGGAGGAAAAGAGUACGGUUCAUGCAGAUAUUUUGAAAUGCUUUUGACCGUUUUAUGUGACCUAGAGUGACUGCCCUUACCCUCAUUUAGAUCUGGAUAUGCAGUUCUAGUUUGAAGUUUAAUAGUUAAGGAGGAGUUAGUUACCUGCUAUCUCAAGAGUAGGGUAUUGAUGUGAACAAUUUCAGUAUUUUGCAUGAUACUGUUUUAUAGAUGACCUUUUAGGAAAGUGGUGCAUUUAUUAAAUGCAAGAAAUAGUUGAGGUGAAUUCAGUGUCAUAGCUCACAAAGCAGAGGCUGUUGAUUUUGAUUCAUUGAAGGUUUAAAAUCUUUAUUAAUUGCAAACAGUGCAAUGAUUUAUGCUUCACAGUGCCUUCCCAGACCUUCCACCUUAGGUUCUGCUGCAAAAAGCACCAGGUAAGCACAACCUAAGGACGUGUAUCCAUGACUCUCAGUACAUUGAUGUUGUCCCUGUGAGGUUUUUGUGGUUGUGUAUUCAAAAGCAAUCUGCUGCUGCUUCCCCAAAUGUAUUUUGUUAUUUAUGCUACCAUUUUAGUGGAAAGUCUUUAAGUUGUUCAAGCAGCUGUUUACAUUUCUGGGUAAUGUUUUUGUUUUAAUUUUUUUUUCAUUAAAACAAGAAAAUGAUGAGUAGAUUGCUGCAGUAAUGGAACUAUUUCCAAAUUUUUGUAUUUCCCCCCCCCCCAAUAUGGAUGUGUUAAUAUAAGAAAGGACAGUUACACAGUUUUCAAGAUUUAGGAAAUCACUUGUUUAGAAAUGUCAACAGCCUUCACAGUCUGUUUAUGUGAUUGACAGGACAUUUUUUUUGCCCUCCAAAGCUAUGAUUUUUUUUUUCCUUAUUCUUGACUUUAAUAAUUCACUAAACACAUGGGUCAGAGUUUUAUGAUGAUUUUUUUUCUUAAGACAAUUCAGUUUUCAUAACUUUUAUAUAUGCUGAAAAAAGAAUUAUAAGGAAUACUGGCAGUAUGUUUUGAUAAAAGGCAUGUGUAUCAGUGAAAUGUUAACUGUUUAGCAAAUAACCUUUCAUAAUCUGUAGCAACCAGUACUUUUCUGAUUUAAUAAUAUUUUAAUAACCAACGCUGCAUUUAUUUUAUUUUUUGCCAGUUUAAAUGUUUGUGUGUUCUUAUAGAUGAUUAUAACUGGUACCUAUUUCGAGUUAAGAUGAACUGUAUUAAAGCAGCAUCGUGUCCGUUUUGUUCACUCGAUUUCUGAAAUGUGCUGAUCCUUGUAAAACUCCUGCUUAUCUCUACAACACAGAAAAAUACUCAAAAAUACUGCCUUCAUUUUCACACACAGUGCUGAAGAUGCUGCAAGCACCAAAUCAUAGCUCAUAAAAUCAGGUCCUGAGAUAGUUGCCCAUAAAGAGGAAUCCUUUGAGUGUAUGCCAUUGGUGAGCCGAUGAGCAUGGACCGUAGAAGGGCUCAAUGUAGAAGGUAAAAUUGGCAAAUCAUAACUGAGAAUAUGCAAUGUAUUCCCAUACAUAAUAUGAUGUAGGGUGUAAUGUACCUGCUUUUGAUCACUUUUUCUUUUAAAGUGCUGUUCACUUGACCUUAAAUGUUCCAUGAACUGUUAAAUUUCUUAAGUUACGUAGUUACUGCACCACACUUAUGUGUAUGUAUGUUUUCAUAGUCGAUGAUAGGUAUGUAAGAUUGAUAAUAGAAGGGGGCUCAUUAUUACUUAAGUAAAAACGUAAGAGCCUGUCAAGUUUUGGUUAGCUUAGGUUGCAUUUUUGUAAAAGAACAUAUAGAUAGAUGAAUGCUAAUAGAUUUGGGGGCAUUGUUUCUAUCUUAGAAUUUUUUUAUUCGUUACCAUAAUAAGCCUUCACUAAUACUAUAAGCAUUAUUUUCAAUGGCGCUAAUCUUAACCUGAAAUAAAUGGAAAGCAGAAAAGGUGAGCCAGUUGAUUUGAAUGCAAUGGAUAUAUUAGUGUUAGAAACAAUGUUUGCUUUGGAAUGAAAUUAAAGUGAUUUAUUUAGCACUUAAACAAAAAAUUGACAAUGUUUUUUUAAAAGACCUAUUAGUGUGGUGAUUCUUAGAAUUCUAUGGUUUGCUGUUUCUUUUAGAAAUGAGAAGUAUAGUUUUAUUUUUUAAUUAUUGAAAAUGGUUUUAAUACUAAAACUAGUAAUUUGAUACUAGUUGUUUAUAAGCAUUGUAAAAUGUAUUCUUAAGUAUCUUGGUAGGUAAUUCAUGAGGGUGGGUGUGGGUAGAAGUAGCCGAGUACCUUCAGAGGUAGAGAGAAAGAAUUCAGAAGUGAGAAUAUUUCAUUUGUUUGCCAGUAGAAUUAGCUCUAUUUAGAAAGUUAUCUGUUGUGUAGAAUAAUGACAUAGAAUUUACUGAUCAAUGAGGAUGUCUUUUUAUUUUCUGCAAAUUCUGCCUCAUUUAAAAUGCAUCUUAACAGUACCUGAUUAAAAAUAAUUGUACUCUGAAAAUAACCUUAUUUUUUGUUUAGUUAGUGACUUAGUUUUUCUUGCCACAAUGUAAGCUUGUGAGGGAAUUUUUUUUUAAGUUGGUGCUUUUAAGAAGCAAAUGCAUCCCUGGGUUUUCUUUUCUUCAGUGAUGUCCCUAUAGAAAUUCUUAAAUGUAUUUGCGCAUAUAUAUAUUUUUUCUUAUGCAUGCUCAAUGCAUUUUCGUCCUGAGAAAAAUGUUCUCUGCAGAAACUACCCGUGUGUAAAAAGAAGAUUGGCUUAAAAUGGCUACUGUGAUGGGAACAGUGUCUUAGGGAGAUGCAGCUUGGACUUGAGGUAAAUUGAGAGUCUGCUUUACUGGCAUUGUAUGUAAACGGGCACAUGACUGGUGUGAUUUUGUGUUCAUUAUGGUUUCCUCAGUAAAUAAAUGUACAUUGACGAGUAU